UUCUGGAUAGUCUGGUAUUGACAGCAUGCCAGCUUGUUAUAGAUCAGCAGGCAUUCCACAGAAUCUGUUGAUAAGGACUUUAUAUUGAUCUUGGAAUCAGUUCCAAAGCCCUCCAUGUAGAAGAGCUGAAAUUCACACUGAUGGUAGCCUGGCAUAGAGGAAAUAUAUGGGGAGCUUGAAGCCAAAAUCAGCUAAAGGAAUAUCCUCAGAGUCUGGCUAUGAGCUUGCAUUCCUAGCUUGCAACUGCUAGCGUGGACAUCCUGAUUUCAAGGGAAAGAGCCUGUUGAGUUCAGUAAGGGGGAUCAAUAUCCGUGAAGAGUGAUGCAGAUCGAUAAAUUGAAUCCUGAGAAUGUGCGCACAAUUAAACCUCGGAGAGCGAAUAAGGGCUUGGCAUAUGACCCUCAUGCAUCGAGCAUCAUCACAGCGAUGCAGAAACAGAAGCCUCUACAGAGAAUAUCUGAGGCAAAAUAUAUGAAGAGUCAAAGUUCUCCACACCCUUCCACUCGCCCCUUUAUCCAAGAAAGAUCUUCCACUCAUAAAGAGGGCCCCCCUGCCAAAUCCGGUCAAUCAGUCAAUGAGAUUAAGCGAAACCUCCAGGAUAGCGUCAAACAUCGUAUCCUAUACUUGUCAGAGCAACUGAAGGUGGAGAAAACCAGCCGGGAUGAGAACACGGUGGGUUACCUCAAACUAGUAUCAAAAGCUGACCGGCAUCAGGCCACUCACAUUAGGCAAGCCUUCGAGAAGGUGAACCAACGCUCUUCGGCCACUAUCGCCCACAUAGAACGAAAGCUCCGACAGUAUCACCAACAGCUUCAGGAAAUGGAAGAGGGUCACAGGCCCAAGUCCUUAUUUCUAAAGGACGAGAGGGCCAAUAGAAACCAGGAGUUGCUUGGCAGGGGCUUUUUGAUGGAGCAUGAAAGGUUCAGAGCGGAUGAAUACCACCCCACAAAUCUAUUGUAUACCCUAGAGGAAGAUAUGCUAGCUGCUGCUUUCCUACCAGAAAAGUCCUUCAAGAGAGAGAACCUGAUCGGGAACCCAAGCCAGAUUGUCCUGAAGAUCAAGGAACAGCUGGAUGACAUUAAAAAAUCCCAUAGCAGAAUUGAGCUAUCCUAUCAAGCCUUGAAAGAGAAGUACAUGUCUGAUCUGAAGCUGAUUGUCAAGUCUCUUCAGGAAGAGAAAUACAGGCAAAAAGCGAUUGAAGAACAGGUCAAUGACCACAUGCAGGGGCACCUGGGUGAGAUUUCUCAUAUCAAGCAGAACUUGGCUUGCACUGAAGAGAAGAUGGUCUAUCUGUCCUACGAGAGAGCCAAGGAGAUAUGGGAGGUGAUGGAAACCUUCCAGAAUCGAAUUUCCAAGCUGGAGAUCCAGCAGCAAGCAGUCCAACUACAAAUAAUAGAGAAGUCCAGAAGACACCCACACAUCUUCCUAGCCAAAUUCAUGAACUUGCUCCUCACACUGACCACCAUUGUUCUCGUCUGUGUGUCCACCGUCUGUACGUGCUCCUUGCCUUUCCUAAAGUGCCGUCUCCGUACCUGCACAAUCCUCCUGCUCAUCGGGCUGGGGAUGGCCACCUGGAAGAAGUGUUAUUCUGUCUCAUACGUAUAUUGGCAUGAAUGGAUCUUAUCAAGGUGGAAGUUGUAUUACAGAGACUUGUGGCCUCUGCCAAGGAGGACUUAAAAGACCAGAGCAACCGUCCCCAGACUGACAAUGCCCGCUGAGUGUCUCCUGCAUUUGUGCCAAGACUGCCAGCGGGGUUGUAGCAGAAAUGGCCAAUCCUCUAUUCACUCUUCCUGCUGCUAUGAAGUUUUCAAAAACUCAAUCCUCUUCCCAAAGUUACUUCUGCUCAUGCUUUCUCACCUCUUUCCCCUGUAAUGGGUGAUUCAGAGAAGGGUUGGGGUUUUCCAUUGUCCACUUUACUGAGUAUCUGAAUAUUAAAAUCUGAGAAAUAAGGAAUGUGUCUCCUUUGUGUUCCCUAGCGCCUCCUCCUUGGCCCUGCCUUUGCCCUCUUUUCCACCUCAACUUUGAGAACGGGAUGACCUUGGCAGCCUCAGACUCCGGCUGCCCAGAAAGG